AUGACAUGUUUAAACACGAUUACAUUUAUUGUUAUCUUACAGUCAUUUGUGGGACUGAAGUGUAGCAAUGUUAUGAAAAGCAAUCAUGGAACUGCCGGGAAAGAUCUCGAUGCGCAAAUGCUGAUUGCACUUGGAAGAAAAAUGAACAAACCAUUACUUACGAUUAUAGGAAAGGUGAUUGAAAAUCAUCAUUUGUGUACAGCUUGGUCCGAAUGGACAACUUGCAGCGCCACGAGUAUUGAUUUCUUUUCGACUAGAAACCGAACCAGAAAAUGUGCGUUGGAUAGGUCAAGAAAUUAUGGCGUACCGGAGGCACAAACUGGCGUUUGUGAAGGUAUUUGUCCCACGGAUUACAACAUGACGGCAGAUGGGUUCUGCAUGAAACAUUACACCACAAAGAAAUCUCGUGAUGACGCGGUUCGAGUGUGCAAGGAUGACGGAGCGUUUCUAGUCAACAUUGACUCGGAUUCUAAGUACGAAGCCGUUAAAACUAUACUGAUUGCAGACGACGAGAAAGAAAAUUUACAUAUCGAUGGCUGGCGUAAGAAUUUGACUUCUCAAUGGGAGUAUACUUACGGAUCUAAGAUCGGCUACGUACACUGGUACAGCGGCUAUCCCAACACUGGUGCCAGUAGCUUAUGUUUGAUGUUGACUGGGUAUAGGACAGUAACUAACCAACAAUUCCUUUGGUUCAAUCAUCCAUGCACAACAGCGUAUCCGUUUAUCUGCGAAGUUCCAGCAUGA